AAAGCGGUCGCACUGGCACGGCAGGCGGUGGAAGAAUGUUCGGUGCAGCGAAAAGUUGAUGUAGUGGGUUCUGUGGGACCUUAUGGAGUAACGCUGUUCGAUGGUUCCGAGUAUAAUGGGCAUUACGUCGAUAAAAUAAGUGAAAAGAUUAUGGUUGAAUACCAUGUGCAGCAGACGGUGCCACUGCUGAAGGCAGGCCUGAAUUUGAUAGCUUACGAAACAGUUCCGUCGCGCAAAGAAGCGUUGGCCAUACUAAAAGCUGCAGAUUCCAUAUCUUAUUCGUACAAAUUCUGGAUCUCAUUCUCUUGUCAAGACGGUAAACGAACGAACCACAACGAGUCUUUUGCGGAAACUGUGAGGACAAUCUCGCAUCACCCAAAGAUUUAUGGAAUUGGAAUCAACUGCACAUCUCCGGAUUAUGUAACGCCGCUUCUGCAGUGUAGCCGGACAUUUGCCAACGCGUUGCCCUUCAUCGUUUAUCCAAAUAGUGGCGAAGCAUACAAAACAGACGAGAAGAGGUGGAAAGCUACCGAAUGCAUUUUUCCCAGUUUGGAACAGCUAACGGAAUGGAAGAGUUUGGGUGUGAAAGUGAUAGGUGGAUGUUGCCGGGUAACGCCAGAAGUGAUCGGUAAAAUUAGUGCGAUUGUUGCGAAGUUGAAUUCCUAA